AUGCUCGUCCGCCUCCUCGGCUCCGGCGACCUCGGCCGCGUCUUCCUCUGCCGCCUCCGCGACAGCGAACAUGCCGCAUUCGCCCUUAAGGUGGUCGACCGCGACGCCCUCACCUCCCGGAAGCUCGCCCACGCGCAGACGGAGGCGCGCGUCCUAUCCACCCUCGACCACCCUUUCCUCCCCACUCUCUACGCCCGCCUCGACGCCUCCCACUACACCUGCCUCCUCAUCGACUAUUGCCCCAACGGCGACCUCCACUCUCUCCUCCUCCGCCAGCCCCGCCGCCGCCUCCCCCUCUCAGCCGUCCGAUUCUACGCCGCCGAGGUCCUCCUCGCCCUCGAGUACCUCCACGCGCGGGGCAUCGUCUACCGGGACCUCAAGCCGGAGAACAUCCUCAUCCGGGAGGACGGCCACGUCAUGCUGUCGGAUUUCGACCUGUGUCUCGAGUCCGACAUUGCCCCGAGGCUCGAAACUCAGAUCCGGCGCCGGAGGCGGAUGGAGAGGGUGACGGAGUUCGUGGCGGAGCCGACUGCGGCGUUCUCGAAGUCGUGUGUCGGGACGCACGAGUAUCUGGCGCCGGAGAUUGUUUCAGGCGGGGGCCACGGCAGUGGGGUCGACUGGUGGGCGUUCGGAGUGCUAAUCUACGAGCUGCUGCAGGGGACGACGCCGUUUAAGGGAGGGAGCACGGAGUCCACGCUCCGGAACAUUGCAUCUGCCGGAGGAGUGAAGUUCCACGUGGCGGAUGGUGAGGAGGCGGGAAUGGGAGAGGCGAGGGACCUGAUAAGGAGGCUCCUGGUGAGGGAUCCGAGGAAGAGGCUGGGGUGGGCCCGAGGAGCUGCCGACAUCAAGCGCCACCCGUUUUUCGACGGGAUCAAGUGGCCGCUGAUUAGGAUGUACCGGCCGCCUGAGGUGCCGGGGCUGGCCGUCAGGAGGAGCCGACACGUGGGCGCCACGUCACCAAGGAGGCGGCGGAGCAUCUGGAAGAGGCUCAGCCGUUGGGUGAGGAUUAAAGGUUGUCGACGCGGAUUCAACUCAAAUUCCAAUUAUUAUUCCUACAGAUGUUAG